GUGAACGCAAAGUGAAAUCAAUGCAUAAAUAUAUAUUUUUUUCUUUACAAGUGUUAUUAUAAUUAGCCAACUGAAGUUAUUUUUCAAAAUAUAUAGAAAUGAACGAAUAUCGUACUCUUUCCUUUUUUACGGAAACUCCUUGUGAAGAUUUCUAUUCAUACUUCAGCUUACAAGACUUGAUUGAUAAAGCUGUGUUGAAUAAGGAAGUGGUGUUGAGGUGUAGAACCAUAGGAGUCCUGCAAAGUAUUCAUGGGAAAUUUUUUCUCUCAGAUUUAAACCGUCCAGUUAGUUCACGCGAAACCAUGGUUCAGGUGUCUGUUCUAUACUUGAAAAAUCCUCCGCCUUCGUUGGUCAAACCAUAUCCAGUCCAAGUUUAUGGUACAUUACAGUGGAGAAAUAAACCUGUCAUAUUUGCAAAAAUACUACAGGUACUCAACACGUCAAAUGCUUUUAGAGUUCGAAAUUCCAUGAAGAAUAUUGCCGAGAGACAUCAGAUCCAUCCCUCAACCACGUGACGAAACGGGUGUUCCGGAAAAUAAUCAUUGAUGAUUUUUAUAAAAUAGCUAAGUGAGCAAUGAUGGAUUAUUUUGAUCAAAUAAAAUGAAAUGUGCAAACAUUACGGAAUUAAAAAAGUUAUUAGAAAAGAAAAAUGAUGGAGAAUGUUCCACUUAACUCUAUCGUAAGUCUUAAAUAUGAGAAGAGUGUAAAAAUUGCCGAAAAAUUCAACUAGUGCCAUUAUGCACCUUUUCAGUGUUCAAGGUACAAAUAAAUAAA